UCUCCUGAAGGGCUCAAAGGCUUAAAUGCCAUUGGUGGAAUUGCCCACGGCUCUUCCCCGCCCCUCGCGGGGAGCGGUAAUGACAGCGUUCCUUCCGGUUCCGGCAGUACCGGGAGCCGAAUCGAGAUGGAGGAAGAUGCAGCUGGAAGCUAGCAGUCGCUGGGGACAGAAGCUAGAGUGGUGGCUGCGGCCUAGAGGUCCGGCCUUGGGGUUCGUCUCAGACGCGGUGGAACCGCUAGAGUCUGAGAAGGUCUCCAAGCACAAUGGAGGACAAACGUAACAUCCAGAUCAUUGAGUGGGAACACCUGGACAAGAAAAAGUUCUACGUGUUUGGUGUGGCAAUGACAAUGAUGAUCCGUGUCAGCGUCUACCCAUUCACCCUUAUCCGCACCCGACUGCAGGUUCAGAAGGGCAAGAGCCUCUAUCACGGGACCUUCGAUGCCUUUAUCAAGAUCCUGCGAGCAGAUGGUGUGACUGGCCUCUACCGGGGGUUCCUGGUCAACACCUUUACCCUCAUCUCUGGCCAGUGCUAUGUCACCACUUAUGAGCUCACCCGGAAGUUUGUAGCUGACUACAGCCAGAGCAACACAGUCAAAUCACUGGUGGCUGGUGGCUCAGCCUCCCUUGUGGCACAGAGCAUCACGGUGCCCAUUGAUGUAGUCUCCCAGCACCUGAUGAUGCAGCGCAAGGGUGAGAAAAUGGGCCGCUUCCAGGUGCGUGGGAACCUGGAGGGACAAGGGGUUGUUGCCUUUGGCCAAACCAAGGACAUCAUUAGGCAGAUCCUGCGGGCUGAUGGGCUUCGCGGCUUCUACCGAGGCUACGUAGCUUCACUGCUCACCUAUAUCCCAAACAGUGCUGUCUGGUGGCCCUUCUAUCACUUCUACGCAGAACAGCUCUCCUACUUGUGUCCUAAGGAAUGCCCUCAUAUAGUCUUUCAAGCCAUCUCGGGGCCCCUGGCUGCAGCCACUGCCUCCAUCCUCACCAAUCCCAUGGAUGUCAUCCGAACCCGUGUGCAGGUUGAGGGCAAGAACUCCAUCAUCCUGACCUUCAGACAGCUGAUGGCAGAAGAGGGGCCUUGGGGCCUCAUGAAGGGUCUCUCAGCCAGAAUCAUCUCAGCUACACCGUCCACCAUUGUCAUUGUGGUGGGCUACGAGAGCCUCAAGAAACUUAGCCUCCGACCCGAACUGGUGGACUCGAGACACUGGUAACCAGUGGUUGGGAGAGAAGCCUGCUAUUUCCCACAUUACUCUGGGUUGGGGACAGAGUGGGGAGGAUAGCACCUUCUCCAAAUGCCCCCACCACAUACCCAUCCCUGCCCCGGGCCACGUGGACUGUCUGGCACAGGGACAAAGACUUUGAACUGCUCUUGCUGAAAAGGUUCCACACCUGGAUCCCCUGCCCCCACUAUUUUUACUUCUCUUAUUGAACUGGGCUCCCUCACUCAGUCCCUCUACUCAAUUAUGGCCUAAGUACCCCACUUCCACCCUGCUAACCCUUUUUUUGUCUUCCCGCUCCAUCUGCAUCCCUGAGAUCCUGAGAAGAGCUGUAUAUUGAGUUUGCUUACUACCAGUCCAAAUUCCAAGCAGCUGCCAUCAGCUCUCUCUCACUUCAUCUCUUAAGCUUUUUUUAUUUUGGUACUAAGCUGCCCAUCAGACUACUCUGCUUUUCCCUGCCACUUGGGGCCAAGGUGCCGGGCACUUUUGCACAGGGAAUAGGAGCAGCAAAAACCUCUGGUUCUCCAGAGCACUCAUCCUCUCUUUGGAGGUGUUAUUAGGUUGGAGAGAAAUGUUGAUACUUUAUUUUGUGUGUGUAUUUUUUUUAAUAUCUGUGAACAUCUAAGGCUGUUGUCUUAGUCCUGCUGUCAGAGCCCACCCCUUCCUCUGACAGGUGGAAAAAUAUAAUGUAGCUUUUUUUAAAAUCCCAGUUCCCUACCCCUUCAGUGUCCCUUCAGUCCCAGCAGCCCACAGACAAUAUAAGCUGUUGCCUUCCCUUGGCCCAGAUGAUGACAGUGGUGGGCACAGUUCUAAGUAGAUCAGGCCAUCUGGGGUACACUGGACUUGGAGCACUACCCUGAAAAGUCAAGUUGAGAGAGUAGUUGGUUUGGAAAGAGACAAGAGAAUGCGUGUUCUCCAGCACAUCUCCCCAGGCCAGCUGAGCCACGCCUAGGAGAGGGCAAUGGAGGUUCUCAGCCCCAAGCAGCCAUGACAUACACAUGUAUACCCCAAUCACUUGGACUUAUGGCAACAGAUGUUGUCUCACAAUGGGAAUCUCUGAGACAUGGAACUGUUUGUGUUUUUCUUCUCCCCGGAUGUGAAGAGUCCUCCCAGGCAUGGUACCCUGUGGAGGGAUGCUUGGAAGAGAGAAUAAAGAGUGGUUCCGGAAGUCACCCAC